CCGAGUUUCCGCAUCAGUGACGCACGCGCAUCACGGCCCGGUACUCGAUGGCAUCACACCACACCUUCCCCCCAAGAUGGAUCCCGACGUGCAAUAUUGGCAACAAAUUGUGGGCACGAUGGAGGAGGAGAUGGUUCGGGACAAUAACAAGCAGAUGAUGGUUGCAUUGGGGUUGAUCGGCUUUGGGUACGCGGAGGCUAAGCGGCAGAAACCAAACCGUCUGUACAUGUGUUGGCCCCAAAUCCCUCCCAAUCUAUGUGUCAAUACACCCUGGAAAGCCAUGUACGUCAAUGGGAGCGAUCGCGCAUUCAUCACCACUAUGGGUAU